UGUACUAUCUCCUAUUUCCUUUUGUGUACAAGUUCUCCGUUACAGCACAGUAUUAACGGCUCCCUAGUUAUGGACAGAGAAUUUUUAAUUGAGUUUUAUUUUGAGUUGGGAAUGAGUUAUAAAGACAUUCUCCGAAGCCUAGCAUUGCAUGGAAUGUUUUUAUCUGAGAGGCAUCUGCAUCGCAUAUUGAGGCCAUAUGGGGCUUUACCGGCGUCGAUAUGAUGACUUGGAGACUGGUAUUGACUUUAUUGUUAAUCAGCUGCAAGGCCCAGGAAGAGAUCAUGGGUAUCGGUGGAUGUAUACAAAGUGUUUGCAGCAAGGAAUUAGAAUCAGAAAAGAAGAUGUAAGGAUUGUUCUUUCUUUGCUCGACCCCGUUAACUCCCAGGCUCGCCAUAGCCGACGGCUGAGAAGGCGGCAAUAUUUUGCUCAAGGACCGAACUUUGUAUGGCACAUAGACUCAUACGACAAAAUUAAGCCCUAUGGAAUAUGUAUUAAUGGCUGCAUCGAUGGAUUUUCACGAAAGAUUAUGUGGCUAAAGGCUGCUUCAACCAACAGCGACCCACGAGUUAUUGGGGGAUACUUUGUUGAAACACUGGAGCGCUUAGGAGGGUGCCCCAGGCUCGUGCGAACUGACAUGGGCACGGAGAAUGUGGUGGUGAGAGAUAUUCAGCGGUAUUUACGGAGGAACGAUGAUGACGAGAGAGCAGCAGAACGCAGUUACAUUACAGGGACAAGUACCGCAAACCAGCGAAUUGAAAGCUGGUGGGGAGUGAUGAGGAAAGAGGGAAUUGAAUACUGGAUCACAAUGUUCGGAGAACUCAAAGAUGAAGGACUUUUCACGGGUGAUGUUUUGGACAGAGCUUUAUCACAGUUCUCGUUCAUGUCAAUCAUUCAGGAGGAGUUAAAUGAGAUACAGGACGUUUGGAAUGCUCACCGCAUAAGGCCGUCUAAAAACACCAAUGUACCCUGCGGUAUACCUGACGUCAUGUUUAUGGCACCUCACCUGUGGGGUGUGGGGGAUCUUAUUGUUCCACUGACAGAAGACUUGACUACUUGCAAAGAAAACUGCAAGUUCUUAAGUACUGUUCCAUGUGAUGAGGACGUGUUUGAUUUGUGCACCAUCCUAAUGGAGGAAUCAGGCUUGCGGUUUCCCUCUACACGAACACAAGCACUUGAACUAUAUUUACAUCUUAGAGAUGCUGUGCGUCUACAUAUAUUUGGACAGGAAAAUUAAAUUACCUACAGUUACACAUUGCCUGAAUUUUCUCUUGGGUAAUGAUUAAAGGACUGUAUAAUACAGUGCAUUAAGUUAAUUAUAAUGUUUAUUUCUAUCGUUUCUAGCCUGCAGUCAGAGUUGUUUUGUUUAAUAUUCUUUAAUUAAAUAAUUUAAUUAUACUUUCUAUAUGAACAAAUUUGUUUUACAUUGUUUUAAAUUUGUUUUUGAACAAAUUUGCUUACAUUUUUAUUUUGUUAUUAAAAAGAUAUUGUUUGUCAACAUAAAUGCACAAAUGACUAGGCUGGUAAGAGGUCCAAUGGUGCAGUGUCAAUCAGGUCAUUGCAUUUAUUUGCUUACAGUUCGUUGUAAUACAUUUGUUUUUUUGUUUGUUUUAAAUACUUUAGGUUUUGUUUUGAUUUAUUCUGUUAAAUCAAGAUCAUGUGUCUUUGUUUUAAGUGUCACCACAAAUAAAAUGUACUAAAGAACAAAGAUGAGAACAACUUUAUUUUAAGA